CAUGAAACCGCUGCUGCAAGGAAACUGUGCAGGUUGCGUGCGUUCCCCCACCUGACUUGAAGCCCACAGGUCCAUGCAGGUGCAUCAAUCAAAAGAGAGAGAAGUCUUUCACACAUCUGUCAAUUGCAUGCACUGUCUUUCCCUUCCCUGCAGAUGUCCUACUCUCUCCCGCUCACGCCGCCUCGUCUGACGGCCAUUGCCAGCCACCCCGUCGGCAAUGAGAUCCUCGGCUUCACCAUUAAGGCCAUCAAAGAGAGCGGCCCACUUCGGCUCAUCAACAGACGCGACUUCCACCGACAGCUCGUCAACCGCACCUUCUUCCAGCGGUGGAUUGAUGAGCGGCACCCGGCGGCUCUCCGCGCAUUCAUCGUCUUCGACGUGCGCCGCGAGGCCAACAUCCUGUUCGUGGCGAUGUGCCUCGUGAGGGAUGGCGGCAGGUGGGACAUCUGGCCUGACUAUCUGAGUGUGCUGUCGGCUGCCCGUGAGGUGACACUGCCGAUCCGCAUCACCGAUGCCGACGUGGGAGUCGCUGCGCGACUCAAUGCCCCACCUUGUCUGGCGGCUCAAGAGGACUUGUGGCAAUCGCGACAAUACUCGGCACGAGUGGCUGCAGCCGCGCUUUGGCCCCAACGCGCGGCGCAUCAUCGUCCGUCAGGAUGAGCAGUGGCAGGCGAUUACGCGACGGAGCGGCAUCGGACGGCCACCGCGAUUCGUCACGGAGAGAGC